UCGGCUCGACUUAGUCUUCAUCAACAUCGACGCAAGUGUUGUAAACAAAGAAAUUAUGGCUCGUAUCGUUGAAUGUGUUCCAAAUUUCUCCGAAGGACGAAACAAAGAGGUGAUCGACGCCAUAGCACAAGCUAUUGCUUCUGUUGAUGGUUGUUCACUUCUUGACGUGGAUCCAGGCGUGUCCACAAACAGGACUGUUUACACAUUUGUCGGUUCGCCUGAGAGUGUGGUGGAAGGAGCUUUGAAUGGAGCAAGAAUGGCAAUGCAGUUGAUUGACAUGACAAGUCACCAAGGAGAACACAAAAGGCUUGGUGCCUUAGAUGUCUGCCCCUUUAUUCCUGUCCAGGGUGUAACUAUGGAUGACUGUGUUCAGUGUGCAAAAGUAUUUGGAGAGAGAGCAGCUAUAGAGCUUGGAAUACCAGUAUAUUUGUAUGGAUAUGCGUCUAAUACAGAACAUCGAAAAACUGUCCCUCAAAUUAGGGCAGGGGAGUAUGAAGGACUUGCUGAAAAGAUUAAAAAACCAGAGUGGAAGCCAGACUUUGGUCCAGUUGAGUUCCUUCCCACCUGGGGAGCUACCAUUGCAGGAGCAAGGAAGUUCUUGAUUGCUUACAAUAUUAACAUUUUGGGAACAAAAGAGCAAGCUCACCGACUGGCACUGAAUCUGAGGACACAAGGCAGAGGUCCCGAUCAGCCAGGUCGCCUUUCUGAAUGCCAAGGCAUGGGCUGGUAUUUGGAAGAAGCAAAUAUAGCACAAGUGUCUUUAAAUCUUCUGGACUAUCGUCAAGCUGGUAUGCACACUGCCUUUGAAGAAUGUGUGAAUGAUGCAAGGGAACUGAAGCUUGCUGUUUGUGGAUCUCAGAUUGUGGGUCUUGUUCCUCUGGAAGCCAUGUUAUUGACAGCUGACUUCUACAUUCAGAAAGAAAAUCUUUUUAUUGUAGGUGAAGAUCAAAAAAUUCGUUUGGUGAUAGAGAGACUAGGAUUGAACUCAAUCACUCCAUUUGAUCCUAAAACAAGAAUAAUCGAAUACAUGGUUGGUGAUGUAGAAGAUGGACCUCUCGUGUCGAUGCCUUUCCGACAGUUUAUCUACAGCUUAGGAUCUCGAUCAUCAGCUCCAGGGGGAGGAUCCGCAUCUGCGGCAAUUGCUGCUAUGGGUGCUGCACUGGCGACCAUGGUUGGCUGGUUAUCGUACGGAAACAAGAAAUUCGAAGCGUUGGAUUCACAGAUGAGGACACUUAUUCCUCCACUGAGACAAGCAAUGUUUGAUUUUAUUCCAAUGAUUGAUGCGGACACCAAUGCAUUCAGUGGAUUCAUGGAAGCGAAGAAACUUUCAAAAACUACUCCUGAAGAAGAGGAAAUACGUGAGAAGGCAUUGCAAGAUGGGCUCAAAUCCGCUGUUCAGGUCCCUCUUAAUGUUAUCAAAACAGCUACCAAGGUGUGGAAUCCGAUGGUAGAGCUUGCUAAAAUUGGAAAUAUCAAUAGCAAGUCUGAUCUGCAGGUUGGUGCUCGAAGUCUGGAGACAGCCGUGUGGGGCGCAUUCUACAACGUGAAGAUUAACUUAGAGGACAUAAGUGAUGAAACUUUUAACAAAGAAGUUCUUCACGAAGCGGAAUCCUCUUUGGAAAUUGCACAAGAAAAAUGCAAGGAAAUCUUACAGAUCCUAGAGGAAAGAAAGUAAACAACACCCCUGUGUAAUAGAAUGAGACUGGGGUGUGAUGGUCAAGAGAGCGAAAGGAAUUAACGCAUCCACCUUCAAACUGGGACAAGGAAGAUAUUUGGCUGUUCUUAUUGAUUGGGUGAAUGUACUUCUACUCCUUUCCUCCACAUCUGCGUUGGGCUUGCUUCGUUGCAAAAUAUACAUAUUGAUAAUCGUGGGAUCGUUUAAAGAGAAUUAUCAUUGAGUAAAAAAAUUAUGGUCAAAUUUUUAAGUUAUUAUCUUAGGCACCGUGUUCGAGUGGAUAAAAUCCGUUAAACGUAAAAAGUUUAAGAUAAGAGUUUUCAAGCUCUCAAUAGAAUAAGGAGUUGUGUUUUGAAUUGAUAAAAAUGUUCUAAUGAAAUAAUAGUAUAGUUUUUAUGGAAAUUUUGUACACUUGCUAACGACACAAUUAAAUUUAUGCUUCCUAAA